AUGGAAGAAAUAGCUGUUUCGGCAACUUCGUUGCAUCGAAAGAUUCAAUUUGAAGGGCAUCAGAGAAGUCUUUUAAAAGCUUGGAAGAUUUUAAGGACUUUAAGGUCUUUAGAGUAUCAAUGCUUCUUCUCUUCACCAGAUGCUCUGCAAUUUGUGUUGGAUAAGGGAUCCUGGAACGUUGGAGAUAGGUUGUUGAUUUUAAGAAGAUGGCAACCUGGUGUUCCUUAUUCUCACAUGGACUUCGACAAAGUAUAUUUCUGGAUAAACAUUGUUGGAUUGCCUAGGGAAUUCUAUACCGUGGAGGUAGCGAAAAAGUUUUUUGCUUCAGUUGUGGAUGCUUGGGACACAUGGGUGAAAAACUGUGAGAAGCUGAGUGCCGGUGUAGGAGGAAACAUCAGCAACAAUUAUAGUUUUUGGCUCAUGACUGAGGGAGAGAAUUCCGAUCGACAGGAGGAGGAGCAGUCGUCGGAAACAACCAUGAGCCGCCAAGGGAACCAGGCACGUCAAUCAUCCACAAUAGAGAAACACGUGGCUCAAGGGGCACCGAAGAAUUCAUAUUUUGGCCACGUGACAUCUAACGACGGAAAAAAAUCGAGGCAAACCCACCUCAUUCUAGUUAUGGGCUUGGACUUAUUUUUAGUAAUGAGGCUACAAAUAAUAAUGUAG